AUGACUAUCUAUACUGAAAUAUUGUACAAAAACAGCACAACCAACAUUCCUGAAUUUGUCCUCCAAGGAUUCCAAGAUAUUCCUGCUGAGUAUCAUGGAUUGUUAGGAACCCUUUUCUUCUUUUUUUAUCUGAUGCUGGCAUCUGGGAACAUUUUCAUCCUUGUCUUUGUGGCAUGUGAAAAAAGUCUUCAGAAGCCAACGUACAUCAUCUUCUGUAAUCUUGCAAUAUCAGAUCUUGGAUUUGGAACUACAACUCUGCCCAGAAUAAUUGCUAAGUACUGGUUAUCUGAAAAUAUUGUAGCAUUCAGUGGUUGUUUCAUACAAAUGUAUUUUGUCCAUUAUUUUGGGGCUUGCAGCUCAUUUCUUAUGGCAUUAAUGGCCCUUGAUCGAUUUAUUGCCAUAUGUAACCCAUUGAGAUAUCCAGUGCUGAUUAAGAACUCCACGAUUGCAAUUCUUUGUUCAAUGUUUUGGACAGGAAACCUCCUCCAGCUUGGUGUAAUUACUGCACAUGUCCUUACUGUACCUUACUGUGGCCCAAAUAUUAUACAACACUGCUACUGUGAUUAUCUUUCAAUAACUAAACUAGCAUGUGCAGACAUAACAGAAAUAAAAGAGACUAGUACUCCCAUUGCUAUGACAGUACUGUGGGGCCCUUUAUUUUUUAUUAUAUUUUCUUAUGUGGCCAUCAUUAUUUCAGUCAUGAAGAUCUCAAAUAAAGAGGGACGAUAUAAAAUGUUUUUAACAUGUACUCCACAGCUGUUUAUCAUCUGUCUGUACUAUCUCCCAAGAAGUUUUGUGUAUAUUGCAUUUACUGUUGGAUUUCAUUUUGAAACAAAUCUCCACAUUGCAGUGGUAAUGAUGUACAGCCUUUUCCCUGCCCUCAUCAAUCCAUUCAUAUACUGCUUUAGGACAAAAGAAAUUAAGGAUACAUUAAUGAAGAAAUUUAAGCGAAGACAGAUUGACCAAAAAAUUGCCAUCACACCAGUAUGCAACAUGCCCCUCUAA